AUGCAGAGCGAUGAAUGGCAAUCCGCAUGGCCUCCUCUCGUUCAGGACGCAGGCCUGAUCAUCCACUACGCGAAUAUCCCGCUCACAGGCCCUACAGAACCGGAUCAGGCUAUAACUGAAAGAACUCCUCUCAUUCUGGACGAGAAAAACGGAAUCUUUCUAAAUGGAGUCGGGGAUGAUGGAUACGAGGAUUUCUAUAUCAGCAAAAUAGGGAACAAUUUUUCGUUUGGCAAGACCAACUUUGCGUUUUGCAAGACCGGCAGAAGGCCGUAUGAUUUAGUCGUUUGCACGAUCUUGCUAAGGGCAUAUGUACUGGCACCGAGUACUUUUGAGCUGAGCUCGGAUGGUGAUUGGGGUAAUGAUUGGGUGGAGGCUAGGGAUCUUUAUCAUUGUAUUUGGCCGGAGGAAAACAUUCCGUGUCCGUGGGAGAAGGAGUGA